ACAAAUAUGGCGGGUUUGCAGUAAGAAAAUUGAACGGGCCGAAAAACAAACUUAUUGUAGAGAGAUUUAGCCUUCUUCAGGCUUUCCAUUCUAAGUAACUCAAAAGGAAGAGGCACUAGUCUCCAAAUUUUAACAUUUUUUCGUCACAUGUAGCCUAUGCAGAAAAGAAUCGUUUGAAAUGUUUGGCUCACAAAGGUGAAACACACUUUAGAGCUAUGGAAGAUAUCGAUGAAGCUACUCCUCGCGGAAUUAUUCGCGGUGUUUUGACAACAGAGAAUGUCAGCCAAAGUGUUCGAGCUUUGAAGUCAAAGAAAACACCAAGAACACAAAAUGUAAGAGAAACACCAACGGAUCCUCCGUCCCAUACGUCCCAUUCACAAGUUGCAAGUCGGUUGCUCACUCGAUCUUCCAGGAACAGGAAGAGAAAAACUGUACCGGGCACUACUCCUUCAGACUCAGCCACACCCAGAACUUUGAUUGCAGGUUUUCUACAAACGGCUCCAGUUACCAGAAGUGUAGUGAAAGGGCAGAGACAAAAGACUGUUGAGCAAGACACUAAAAGAUCAUCUCGCUUAUCAGUUGAAGCUGGAGACAAUACCCCUAGAACAAUCAUUCAAAAUUUCUUGCGAGAAGCAUUAACAGAGACACCAGUUGAACCAGUGCUUCCAGAAUCCUCAGAUGCAGUGGAUCAAGAAAAAUCCCUGCAGUCAAGUGAACAAGAAAAGCUCUCAUCUCUUGCAUUAAGUGGUGUUGUUGAUGAUCAAAUGACUGAAGCAGAUGAUCUUAUGUUUGCCUCAACAAGUUCUCAUUCUGCAGAUAAUACUACCCAUGUAGAAGCAACAGCCCUAAUGGUGUUGGACUCCUAUAUAGAAAUGGAUAAUGCUACUGGGAUGGGAAGUACUCAGGGAACACAACGAGAAGUUGAUUCUCUGUUAUCACUGCGAAGUCUGCAAGAAGACACUGAAAGGACAGGAAAUGGAAUGCAGACAUCUCGUCCAUGGAGAGAGCUGGUCACACCUCAGUUGCCUUUUAAUGUAUCUUUGCCAGGGAGUGAAAAGCUGGAACAUGCAAGAAAUGUUAAAGAAGAAAGUUCCAAAGGGAAAAGACCACUGUUUGAAGGAAAACCUCCUAAAGGAAAGGAAGGAACUAAAGUUCCAAAGAAGCCUACUGGCCCAAGAAUGCCGCCUUCCCUUAUAAAGAGUGUUUUUCAGCAUUUUAGCCAAGCUAAAGUCUCCAAAGAAGCUCUUGAAACUGUUGAAAAUGGGUCAAACCUGUUUUUCAAGCAAGUAUCGAGUGACCUGAUGGCAUACUGUAAGCAUGCUCACAGAUCUACCAUUGAGCUGGCUGAUGUUGAACUUCUCAUGAAAAGGCAGGGGUUUAUAACAGACAAGCAGUCACUGGACUCAUUGGUUGAAAAGUAUUUGCCAUUAGAAUACAGACAGGAAAUUAUACCAACAGUGCAAGCAGGAAACAAGAUUAUUCCAUAAUAAGAUACAAUGGGCUAUUUAUUGUAGAAGGCUUGAAUUGUGAAUGCAAAGUGGAUAUUUAAGAAUGGUUAUGGAUAAUGAAAAUGAAUGGCUGCUUGUUGUUAAAAAAUUUCUUAUAGAUGGGGAGUCAUAACUGGCCAGGAAUUUAGGAAUUAGGAAACGUUUUUAUCCUGUUGUAAAGAAGCUUGCCUCUUAACUUUCUAGUGCAGAGAUGUAUAGGUGAUGUUUUCUUGAAUUGAAAUGGACAUCGUGGCUUUUGCAGGAUGCAUGUUGUGUGCCAGUAAAAGAUAUCCAGUUAGAGAUACUGGGUAUCCAUCUCAUGAAAUCUAGGUCAGAGUUUGUCGUUAAGUAAGGCUACACACAGGAUACUCUGAAAUGUAUUCCGGAAUUCUGAAAAGAGACACCACAUGCCUGUGUUUCCAUGUUAUUAUAACAGCAUUUGAAUGAUGAGAUUCUCACUGGAAAACAAAUAAUUUAUUUGAAACUAAAAAACUGCUAACUCUACAGAAACUGUAAACAUUAUUCCAUAUAUUUGUGAUUAACUGUCUUUUUUGUACAUAAUAUUUUGGCAAGCUUAGUCAGUGUGGAUCUGCUUGAACUACAAUUUUUUAAAAGUGAUUAAAAAUAUUUUAUUUAAGGUUGCCUAUUUACAUGUUUAUGAAAAGAGCAUCAAAGGCUCAGAGAAUAUGAAGCAGGGUCCUUACUUCAGUUCCAAACAGAAUGGCAGUGCUUCAUCCUCCAAGUUAUUUCCUUUCCCUUUCUCCUUUUUUUGCAAAUUAGCCUCUGCUGCGCAUUGUCUUUGAGGAAGUUGGACCUUGUUUGAUGAGCAUUGCUCAAGACGUUGUGUCAUGAAAAGUAACAUGACAGGUGUGAGACAAUGGUCUUAUUACCAUGUCCCUACAGUUCUUUACCCUUCUAUAAUCCAUGGAUAGACAGUCUUGUCUUGAAACUUAACUUAUUGAUUACCCACAGUUAGAGGAACAACAGCUUAUGUCCUCUUGCUUCAGUAGAAAUACACUACUGGGUUAUAUUAGGCCCCAUUUCCUGAAAGUAUCAAGAUUCUUGUUACCUAAGUGUUCAUUGUAGAUCUUUUCCAUCUAAAUACAGUUUCUCCCUCUGCAUUCUCCUUUGAGUGGUUAUGCAGUGACCUUUGCAUUAAUGAGUUUGAAAUUAAAAUUUUUCCAGGUCAUGAAUUUCUAGUGUUAAUGCAGGAAAGUGAUGGCGUAUGAUUGAAAAAAAUUUUCUCAACUAGCAAGAACUACCCCAUGAAAUUAUUAUGUACAUUUAAUUUGUAAAAAAAACUUUUUUAUAAAGGUCCAAUCAUCUUUAAAGCAAAAUUGAAAAAACCCUGCUGAAGGUCAUGAGGGGUCGUUUGAUUUUAUCAAGACGACUGAGUGUGAAGGCAGACUCAAUGGGUGUCAUCAAACUUUUGGAACCAGGAUUACUUGAGAGAGGAUAUUUGUAACAGAUUUUCUACCUGAUUACCUAGUUUAAGGUUAAGAGGUAUGUUCAAGAAAUUUUCUAGUUUUCAUCCCCACCAUCAACGACAUUAACACGACUUACACCGUUUACUUCUUG